AUGAAUAAUGCUAAGCAGGCAUUUGAAUCUGUCAAUACUAGUUACACCUUUGACUCAAACCAACUUGAGACUAAGUCUUGUUCUGACAACGGCAGUGAUGAUCUCCCCAAGAUGGAGCCUCUGUCCAAGGCAUGUGGAUAUAUGCCAAAUGACCCCGUAGUCCAAUCACCCCCGACUGAGCCUGUCAAAGACAGUCUGAAGCUUCGCCUCAAUAUCAAGCGACCAGCCCCAGCUUCUAGCCCAAUCAAGUCCGUGUUGCCAUUGCCUCAGAAACUCAGGGUUGUGAAGAAGUCUUCUAGAAGGCCACCUAAGUCCAGGAAACGUGCCGUUAACAAAGAAGGAGAAAUCUCAGUGGAAGUCACCAAACCUGUAGUGAAGGUUGAGCCUAAGGCCAAAUCUAAGGUCAAGGGGGAAAGAAAUAAAUAG